UACUGAGUAAAAAAUUCUAAAUGAAUUUUGUUUUUGAGUCAAGGUUGUCAGUGAAAAACCUUCCAGAAGUUGGAGAUUUCAUCCAGGUUUUUGGUCAACCAGAAAUCUUGAAAAAACUAAAAGUUCAAGAGGAUGAAUACAGCGCUGAGAGUCCCAGAUGGGCGUUUGAUCUGUCAGUCACUCCUGGAGAAAUCUUGUUGUCUUUGAGCUCCUCAGUGAAGAAUCCAUUUCCAGCAGUCUUAAACAUCAGUUUUACAUGUUCACACUCAGAGAUAUCCAACACUGACUGGACACUCUUCUUACAGACACUCAGCAAGGCAGGAAAAUUAGCAGAAGACUCUUCAGCUCUUGAGGAUCAUGUCAGUUUGCUGCUGUCUUCAUUUCACUCAGUGGGUUUGAAGAAGUUGGAUCUGAAGGUGUUCAGUCUGAAUGAGAGCUGGGCUUCUGGGAUCAUUUCCCUCGUCCAGACCUGCACCAGUCUACAGGAGCUCAGUGUCAGUGUCACUGGAUUGCUGCUUGAGGAGGGACUCGAGUUACUGCAAAAAUCAAUGACGGAUCCACACUGCACUGUGACCAUUGAAGGGUGGAAGUGCACUAAACUCACUGACCAGUGCACAGAACAAGACUGGACACACAGCUGUAAUGAGAAAGUGGAGAUUCACUUCACACCAUCAUCAUCUCUGUUCUCUAGGCUGAACAUCUUUGACUCUGAACAGUCUGGACUGGAUCUUCACUGUCAGUCUUGUGUUCACAUUGUUGAUAGUGAUCAGUGGGUUCAGGUAGAGCCGUCAGUCUGUAGAGAUGAAGCAGGGUCAAAGUUCAGGAUCAGCACUCAGGCGGGUCGAUUCGAGUGCAGCAGGACCAGAAUGCGAUGGGUCUGUGCUGGUGACGUCACUCUCCAGUACCGUGCAGUGGAUGGACGUUUCCUCAGUGCUGAGCUGAAGAGGCUUCAGUGUGAGCGAAUUGGUCCAGUGAUUGAUGUGACCGUGAUCUCAGGGAAACUGGAGGAGGCUCAUCUACCUCACUACGCCUGUUUAGCAGAGUCUGACCCCUCUCUCAAUGAUGCUGUGAAGCUCCUGAGCAAAAGAAAUGAAGGAGUAUCUUUACAAUCUGUAGAGUUGACCCGUUAUCAUGCCAAAAUACUCCAACCAUCCUUCUCUCUUACAACUCUAAUUAUAAGCUGGAUCAUGAAGUGGGAAGAACACUGCAGUCUUCUUCUCUACAUGCGCUGUAAAGAUCCUCUCAUUCUUCACAUCUACUUUUUUCCAGUGAAUGACACUUGUUCAAAAGAGAAAGUUGAGCAUAUUGAAAAAUCAAGUCAUCCGAUCAGCCAUCCCAGACCAAACAGACCAUUUCGGAUGAAAACACCGCACCUUCUUGAGGUUCCUGGUGCUUCUGUCCAUCCUGUAGAAGGGAUUUCAUUUAGAACAGAUGUUGAUCCAAACUUCUUCAAGGUCAAACAGCUUCAGGAUGGUGACGUACAAAUGAAUCUUAUCAGAGAGGAGGACAAGAAAUCUGUGUGGACUGCCACAAUAUGGAAAGACGAACUUGUUCAGUUAAAUCAAAAGAAAGUACAAGAUGAGCCGCAACUGAAUUCUGAGAUUGAUAAAGCUAAAUUUUUUGAUAAACACAGAUCAGCUCUCAUUCAAAGGGUUAAAAAUGUGAAGAGCAUUGCAGAUAAACUGCGUGAGCAGAGAAUAAUUCAUGAGGAAUUAUAUUCUGAAAUCACACAUUGUAAUUUAAGCAGUCAGGAUAGUAUGAGAAAGAUCUGUUACACAGUGCAUUCAAGUGGUGUGAUUGCAAAAGCUCAAUUCAUCAUGAUUCUUCAGGAAGAAGAGCCCUACCUCUCUGAAGAACUGGUGCGUUCAGAUUCUUAAUGAUUCUCUUGGUGAAUAUAUUGCUUUAGCUGGGCAACUGCAUAGAUGAACAGCCAGUAAAUUAAAUGAUAAAAUCACGUAACUGUUAAAUUGAUUUGUGAACUGAAUUGAAAUAUUAAUUAAAAAAAAAAAAAACAUUACUAAAUUAACUCAGGAUGACUCAUUUACUAGUCCUACUAGUAUUUGUGCAAAUUAAAUUUAUUGAAGAUAAAGAACACAUUGAAAUGGUCAAUUUGUACUUCUGGACUGUUGAAAUAUAUUUUGUCAUCUGAUAAGGACAUUGAAUAAGGUAAAUGGAUUUUUUUUUGUUCUGUACAGAUUUUAUUUCUAUAGCCUACAGCUGAGUCGAGUCCUAAAUAAAUUUUGCUGUAUUGUACAGUUUGACAUCAUAUUGUUUACUUACAUUAAUAGUUCAUUUUGUAAACUGAAUUUUGGCAUUGCAAAAUAAAUAAAUAAUAAACACAA